GUUUUUUCUGUGUGUUUAUUCGUGGACAGGAAGUUCCGUGACGGCGGGCGACUCCAUUUUAGGCUUCAUUCAUCUUUGCAGCCAGUGAGAUUACGUGCUCGCUACGGAAAAAAACGACAAUAAAGAUGGUUAAGAUCUUUGUUGGCAACCUAUCCACAAGCACGACCGCGGAAGAUCUGCGCUCUCUUUUUUCUGAAUAUGGCAAAGUAAAAGAGUGUGACGUCCUGAAAAAUUAUGGCUUUGUGCACAUGGAAGGUAAGCAGGAGGCCGAAGAGGCUAUCCGCAAACUCCACCAUCACGAGCUGAAAGGUCAAGCCAUAAAUGUGGAGAUGAGCAAAGGGAAGCCCAGGGGCUCCACCAAACUGCAUGUGAGCAACAUCAGCAGCGGCUGCACCAAUCAGGAGCUCCGGGCCAAGUUUGAGGAAUAUGGCCCUGUGGUUGAGUGUGACAUAGUGAAGGACUAUGCCUUUGUUCACAUGGAGAGAAUGGAGGAUGCCAUGGAGGCCAUCAGUGGACUGGAUAACACGACCUUCCAAGGCAAGCUGAUCAAAGUACAACUGUCCACAAGUCGCCUCCGUACAGCGCCCGGCAUGGGAGACCAAACUGGCUGUUACAUCUGCGGAGAACAGGGCCACUGGUCCAAAGAUUGCAGACGCGGGCAAAACGGUAGCUAUGGCGGAGGCAUGGGGGGAUUCCCCGGCGGUAGAGGCCCCCCGAGGAACGCCCCGGGUUACGGCAUGGGCGGCCCUGGAGGUCCUCCUACUAGAGGUUACCCUGCAGGGCCGCUUCCCCCUCCCCCGCCCAUGAGCCGGCGUCCCACCUACGGCGAGUACGGCGCGGAUGCUCGAGAACGGUACCCCAGCAGGCCGCCGAGCGCCUAUCCCGAGAGGUCGUCCGCAUAUGACCGAGAACGCUACGGAAGCAUUGACUAUUACGAGAAGUAUCGGGCUCGUCCGGCUGGCUCUAGCUUCUUCGAGGAUAAUAGGCCUCUCUCCAUCCCCCCUCCUCCACCUCCUCCCCCUCCCUCUUCUUCCUCUCUCUCAAGGAUGCGGUUGGCUCCUCCCAGCCUCGAUCCCUAUGAGCGACGCCCUGUGGCGCCUCCGCCUCCUACGGCAUCGGCGUACUUCUCGCGGGACCGUAGCCCGAUCAGACGUGUGGGCGCCGGUUCGGAAGGCUACUCGUACGAGCGCUCGCGACUUUCCCCGGUCUCAAGGAGCUCAUCGACUUACACCGUGCCGCGGGCCAGAGAGAACUACACCGAGCGGGUUCGAUACGCAUACUAAGCCACACACAUGCUAAGGUGUCGUCAAGUGAAGUGAUUUUCCCCUCCACCUAUAAGACUUUGCUUCAGUCGGAUGCUCCGUCGGAUUUCAAAGAUGCAGGAUUGGAUAGGCACAUUGAUCACAAUGUUUAUUAGCUCUGCUCAUUAAGGUUUUACUCAAAUUGCACAAACUGCUGUUUAAUUUCCCUUUCCAUUGGAGACAUCCGUGUAUGAUUGCAAGACGUGCUUGUGAUUUUUGGUUUUUGCUUUGCUUUUCACUAAUAUCCAGAGGUAAGGUGGGGUGUCUAAUGGCAGCAUCAUUUUUAAACGAAUCCUCUGUGAGAUUUAGAAUUUUAUUUUCAUCUCUACUUUCCCCCAGUCAAGUUGUGAUCCACUGUUAUUUACCUUUUUAAUGCUUUUCUUCAGCUGUCAGGUUGCCACUUAAUUUCUUUCAUUUAAGUUUUGUGAGGACAAUCUGGUUAUGUUACUUUUGGCGAUAUUUAUACAAACAUUGUGUAUUUAGGGGGAAGUGGCAAUCUGUAAUUAAUCCUGCAGCUGCGGAAAGCUUUAUAGGAAAAUAAACUCUAAAAUUCAACA